UGUAGUACUGCUUUUUUAGUAUUUGUUUCUACUAUAAAUUAGCCAUCUCCUCAAGCAAUACUCCUCACACAUCAAAGCAUCACACACACAAACACACACUUUCUCUUCUCUUCUUUGAUCUUUCCUCUCUUCUACACAUUCAAAUGGCCACUGCUGAUGUUGAACAAGUGACUCCAGCCGCAGCUGAGCACGUCGAGGUGACACCACCAAAGACAGUGGCGCCUGAGGAAACCGUCGCUGCUGCCGUUGUGGCUGACUCUGCUCCAGCUCCGGUAACAGAAACUGAAACUCCAGUGAAAGAAACAGAGGAAACCAAGACAGAGACGGAGGAGAUAAAGAAAGAGGAAGAAGCUCCUGUCGAAGUAACCACUAAAGACCUCCCUGUGGAAGAAGCUCCAGCCGCUGUGGAGGAAGAGAGCAAGACAGAGGAAGUCGUAGAGCCCAAGAAAGAGGAAGAAGUAGAAGAAACAAAGACAGAGGAAACUCCAGCGGUUGUUGAGGAAGAGAGCAAAACAGAGGAAGUUGUAGAGCCAAAGAAAGAGGAAGAAGUGGAAGAAACAAAGACAGAGGAAACUCCAGCGGUUGUUGAGGAAGAGAGCAAAGCAGAGGACGUUGUAGAGCCCAAGAAAGAGGAAGAAACUCCAGCGGUUGUCGAGGAAGAGAGCAAAACAGAGGAAGUCGUAGAGCCCAAGAAAGAGGAAGAAGCACCGGUGGUUGUGGAAGAAGAGACCAAAGCAGAGGAAGAAGUGAAGAAGACAGAGGAAACUCCAGCUGUUGUGGAGGAAGAGAAGAAGCCAGAAGCAGAGGAGGAGGAGAAAACCACUGAAGUAGCCGCCGUCCAAGCCGCCGCAGCUCCAGCAGAAGUUGCCGUGGAGAAGGCUGAUGAGUAAAUCUGAAAGAAGAAGAAGAAGUACACUAUUUGCUACUUUUUUUAAAAGUACGUUGCGUCUUUGCUUUGUUGUUCUGAGUCUGUCACUCUUGUCCCUUUUUGCAUCACCCUCUCUUUUUAAGUUUCUAUCUUCCAUAUGUUUAAUAUAAAUUAAAAAUCAUCUUUGAAUAAAAUGUUACAACCGAAA